AUGGAGGGAUCAAAUCAGGGUGGGAAGCCAUCCAAAGGGGCUGAUUUCCCCACUCUCACAGUGUUGCAGGAGAGAUUACCAGAACUAUUCGCUGCAUUUGAGAGAAAGAAGAAGGGUGCGAAUGGUACCCGCAACAGUACUGACGAUAACUGUAUGGACCUAAUUCAUGAUCGUGAUGCUAUGGCUUUGCUGCAACAUCUGCGGGCCAGUGGAUGUGGUGCCUCCCGUAUUUGCGCAGAUGUUGCUUCUGAGUCUUGUGGUAAUUCUUCAGCCCCUGCUGCUACUUUGGUCUCUACACCUCCACUAGGCCCUGUAGAACGCAUGCAGCAAAAAAGAGUCAACACGAUGCCCACCAAGAAAAGGCGUAAGGACGGUGUGAGUCCGUUAUCGACUGCAGGAACAUCACCUUCUUCCUUUGCUAUCCCUGCCUCUAGUGGAAUGGAUGAUAACAGCGGCAGCACCAUAGCCCCGCCUAGUCGUAAUCGCAACGCUAAGUCAGUACUAUCAGAAUCACCACGCCGUUUACCUCGAGACGCUUUAGGUAGUGGCGGUAAAGUGGAUGGACAGUUUACAGCUGAUAAUUCGGCCAGUGACUUUUCCAGUGGAAUGGCAAUUGUGCAGCUAAUGCAACAAUGCAGUGGUGGUGUUUGCCUUUCACUGGAUCGUUCGGAUGACGCUGCAGAGGAGACGGAUGGUGCCAGUGGUGGUGCUUUAUCAAAUCCUUCGGUGACAAACUCUUCAUCUUCACUAAAUGGCGGUGUAACACUACCGAUGGGUCCACUGUCAGAGCGCAGAUUGCAGGCACAACUUGCCGCGGCGUUGUCUUGGGGAUCGCCUGUAACAGGCAUGGAAAGAGAUGAUGAGGAUGAGGAUGACUCUGGUAGGAUGUCGCGAAUGAGACGCUCAUUGGCUGAUGCCCCUUCAAAUCUUGAUGACCCGUUAAUGAUGAUGGAACUGCUACGCUGUAUAGACCCUCAUGGGCAUUGGGUAUUACAAAAAGCAGAUGCUGGUGGUGAUGAUGUUGGCAACGGUGAGAAACUCUAUGGUGAUGAUAGUGACAAUGGUGCCGUUGAUGUUAUUGAAGAAGAUGAAGAGGAUGAAGUUGAUGUUCGGUCAUUCUAUGGUGAGGACCCUGAUUAUCUCAAGAAAAUUAAUAAAAUGGAUACACUAAGCCUUUCAACAAUGCGAGAACUGGCAACGUGUUGGGGUAUUCAGUUUGACGAAGAUGAAGAUGAUGAAGUGUAUCGUGGGAACAUCACCGAACACUUUCGACUUCUUGCUGUCACAAUCGUUUCGGUUCUCUCAGAUCGUUUUGAAGCACAGACAUCAUCUACAUCAUCAUCUCCAGGAGGAGGUGGUGGUGGGAACAACAAUAAUGGUAAUGGUAAUAAGAGACCACAAAAUGGAUCACUGGGCAGCUUCCCAACAGACGGUACUAUGUCAGAGUUAGUAGCUCAGAGAGAAGAUGAACGAGUUGAACGUGUGCGUAGGGUUUUACUAUCAUUAAGACAUGAUAUUUUUAGGCUAAAUUCUGAUCAUUUAAGGCACUUUGCCAAUAUAUUUGGUUUUGUGGAUCGAAGUUGUACCCCUGAGGAGAUAUUUAUGGCUAUCUCAGCACUUGGAGUAUUAACAUUCUUUCAGCCAUUACCAACACCCCUUCUGGAAAAGGUCUGUCAAGAACUUUCAAUUCCCACCAAUGAUAAAGCUACUGAAUCUGUUGAUCCUAAUCAACUACCUCUAUUACUGGCACAGAAAAUCAGUCACUAUUUUUAUCCACUUAGGCAGUCUGUACCAAGCAUAACAAAGUUUGAAUUUAUGCCAGAGAUGCAAAUUCAUGAGCAUGCUCCUGGACGCUACACGUGUACUAUUGAUCAUGCAAACCUCAUGAAGGUAUUGACGUUGCAACGACUUAUAAGUAAUCGUUUUAGUUGCAACAAAAUAAGGUGGCACGCGAUUUUAACAGUGGUGAACGAACAGAUAAGUUUCUGCGUUUGGCAUCGACACAGUGAAGCUCUUCAAGUACAUAUGGUUAUACGAACUCAAGAUCCCAAGAAAAAGAGGAAAAGUAAUAGCAAUAUUAAUAAUAAUAAUAAUAAUAAUAAUAAUAAAGAUUCUCCACAGAUUCAAGAAAUUUCCCUCAAAGAGACAUCAGCUUUGUAUUUGGAGCGUGAAAUAGAUGCUGCUCCAGGUGAACUUGUUGGUUUUGAAAACUUUGUCUCGUUACCGGAUGCGUUACGCAGUUCUACAAUGUCUCAGUUCGGUUACCGUCUGUACAAUAGUGCUGAAGAUCGUCUUGUAUUUCAAUACGCCAUGGAAUUGAUGAAUAUUGAUGGUAGUCCAUUUAUGGAUAAGGGGAGAACACAGUCGAACAGCACUCAUCAAAACGGAAAAACUACGUCUACAAAACGUGGUAGCAACCAGAAUGGUGACCCUUCUAACGAUAGUGAACGGGCUGCAGCAUUGGAAGAGGAAAAACGUCAAAAAGAAUGGGGAAAGGUCGUUUUUAAACUAGGAAAGAGUGAAACACAGGGACGUGAAAUCAUUGAGCAAGCUUGGAAUAAUUGUUUCCGACAAUUGAUGAAUGAGCAUAGUAAGGCGUAUCAGAAGGCUGUACAAAAAAAGAAAGAACGUGAACGCAAGUUGCUUCUUGCAAAAGUUGGGCCUAACCCUGAAUUACAAAGAGAAUUAGAUGUGCUAAACCAGACUGUUACCACUAAUCGCGCUCAAGUUGCCAAAUUAACAAAGGAAAAAGUAAAAGAGGAAGAAAACAUUGAACGAUUACAGGUACAAAUUGAAGAAGGUAACCUCGAACUUGAACGAUUAGAACAAUUACUAAAGAGUAGAAAUGAGGUACUUUCUAACGUUGAGGCAGAAACGGCUAACCAUUUGGCUAAGGCUAAAGAACGUGAAGAAGCUAAACGACGAAAACAGGAAUGGACACCAGCGUUAAGUAUUCCAGAACUUUCUACUAUGCGUCAUGAGACAUUAGCUAUUAAUGAUUUACAAUCUUUCUGGGCUCCUCCUUGUACAAAUGGUAUUAACUCACGCGAUUUUGGGUCUGCAAUAACCCCCACACGUUCUUCUCCGCAAUGUUCACCACAAAUCCUACCAACCGCUGCACCUGGGAUGAGCCCUAUGGCUCUUGCUACUACUGGUAGUAACGGCAGUGGACCCUCUAUUCCGUUACCACGUUCUGCAGCAGUGAGCAAUGGUGGAACUUUUUCAUCAUCGUUACUACCAUCUUCUACGGAUGGAGUAAUCGGUGCUGAUCUGACAUCUUGGGCUCCGCUCACUGACUCGUCUGGUUUUACUGGUAUUCGGGGAAAUAAUAACAUGAACACUGUCGGUAGAUAUGAUAGUCUAUCUACAGCCUUUUCUACACAAUUACCGUUAUUGCAAACAGAUUCGGCACAUAUUUCUGGUAUGGAUAUCAUGGGAGGAGGAUCUUCUGUAGGACAGAGUUCUGGAUUCACUGUAACUGCUCCAUUUACUACCGCUAACGCGAUAGCACGUUUCACAUUGGAUGCCAACGCUCGACCUUUUACUCCAACCUCAAUGGUAGGAGGUCAAACCAGCAGCAGUACAGCUUCACACUCCAACUACACCGCUACUGCAGGAGUUGCCUCUGUUGUGCCGCGAUCACCCGCCACCAUCACAUCCCCAAUGGCAGGAAUGUCUGGCCAGAGCCCUAUCGUUGGCAGCGGUGUAUUCCCUGAGAAGCCGCGAUAUACAUCCGUCUCUACACCUGUUCCUGCUUCUACCACUACGGCUGCUUCUACUACUUCUGUUACCUCCUCACAUGGGGUGUUCAGUACAGGUCCAAUACAGAGUACUGCAUCGCUCUUUGGUUUGCCUGGUCCCUCUAAUGGUAUGGGGACCACCCCACAGCAACUCGACAAUGGUCUCUCCCUCAACUUCACAACAGCUCCAUGGAAUUAG